GCUGGCGCACUGGCUUCCGGCGAGGCUCUGUAUUCACUGUCGGGGGUCCGGAGACGCGCUAGGUCUGUCCCGGAGCGCUGGCCAGGGCCAGGUGGGUGCGCCCCGCGUUUGCAGUGCGACCGGAAGCGGUUCGCUGCGGUCACCCCUGCUUUCCUUCUAUUUCCUCCUGUUGGUCUGAAGCCUGGGGUUCUGAGAACUGGAGUUCCGGGGACCGCAAAGCUUUGGUUACCGUGGCAACCCUGUGAGCGCCAGUUUGGGUCUUGGUCCGGAAAGGGAGGACUUACAUUACUACUCCAGAUGAGCGAUUUCAGUGAACAACUGACCAAGCCUGUGACGGAGGAUGAACAGGUGGAAACUUCUGUAUCAUCUGGUACAGGAAUGCAUUUCCCAUGGCUCCAGAAACAGUUAGAAACUGUGGUGACUGGAGGGAAAAAGAAGAAGGAUUUUGCUCAGACAACAAGUGCUUGUUUGGAGUUUAUCCAAGAGGCCUUGCUGAGGCACCAGUGGCAGCGAGCUGCAGAGUACAUGCACAGUUAUUUGCAGACCUUGGAGGAUUCGGACAGCUACAAGAGACAGACUGCACCUGAGGUCAUUUGGAAGCUUGGAAGUGAAAUUCUGUUUUAUCACCCCAAAAGCAAUGUGGAGACUUUCAAUACCUUUGCUGACCGGAUGAAAAAUAUUGGCGUCUUGAAUUAUUUAAAGAUCUCCUUACAACAUGCAUUGUAUCUUUUACAUCAUGGAAUGUUCGAGGAUGCUGACCGAAAUCUAAGUCAGGCAGAGACAUGGAGGUAUGGUGAAAAGUCGUCUUCUCAAGAAGUAUUAAUCAACCUGGUUCAGGCCUACAAAGGACUUUUACAGUAUUAUACUUGGUCUAAGAAGAAGAUGGAAUUGUCAGAGUUUGAUGAGGAUGAUUAUGCUUACACCUCAAAAUCUCAAAAUAUGCUCAGCCAGAGCUGCAAGACAUCUGUAAAUAUUUGUGCAUUGAUUAAAGUUCCUGGGGUUUGGGAUCCUUUUGUGAAGAGCUACGUAGAGAUGCUAGAGUUCUAUGGUGAUCAAGAUGGAGCCCGAAAUGUACUCACCAACUAUGCCUAUGAUGAAAAGUUCCCAUCAAACCCGAAUGCCCAUAUCUACUUAUACGACUUUCUAAAGAGAGAGAAGGCACCAAGAGCGAAGCUGAUAAGUGUACUUAAGAUUUUACAUGAGAUUGUACCAUCCCACAAAUUAAUGUUAGAAUUCCAUAUGUUACUUAGAAAAUCAGAGAAAGAAGAACACCGGAAGCUGGGCUUGGGCGUGCUGUUUGGAGUCUUGGAUUUUGCUGGAUGCACUAAGAACAAAACUGCCUGGAGAUACUUGGCAAAGUAUCUGAAGCUGAUGUUAAUGGAAAGUCAUACUGUGUGGGUUCAAGAAGAGUGGAACUCUAGGAAAAACUGGUGGCCAGCCUUCCACUUCAGCUCCUUCUGGGCAAAGACUGACUGGAAGGAAGAUACUGCUUUGGCUUUUGAGAAAGCUUAUGUAGCUGGAAUUCUGUUAGGAAAAGGUUGUAGAUAUUUUCGGUAUAUUUUAAAACAAGAUCAUCAAAUCUUAAAGAAGAAAAUUAAAAGGAUGAAGAAAUCAGUGAAGAAAUACAGUAUUGUAAAUCCAGGGGUUUGAUGCUACAUAUUAAGUUAUUUCACAGUGGUAGCUACCAUGUAGUGGCUGAGUAGUUAUUGAAUGUAUUUAUUUGAUAUUUUAAGAAGAUUGUUUAUUCAGUUAUUUUUGUAUUUGUGUGUGUAUGUGUAUAUGUGUGUGUGUGUGCCUGUGUCUGCAUGUUUGUGGACGCAAUUGUGUCCAUAUGCAUGUGGAGGCUAAGAGAUUAAUCAGCCUUAAAUGCUGUUCCUCAGGAGACGCUGCUUUGUUGUUUUGUUUUUGUUUUUGUUUUUUUGAGACAGAGUCUUCCUGUAGCUCUAGCUGGCCUGGAACUUGCUGUGUAAACCAGGCUGGCCUUGAACUCACAGAAAUCUGCCUGCCUCUGCCUCCCAAGUGCUAGGAUUACAGGCGUGCACCACCAUGCCAGCUAUACUGGGACCUGGAACUUGCCUAUUAGUAUAGGCUGGCUGAUUAGUGAGCCCCAGGGACUCCUGUCUCUGCCUCCUCAAUUCUGGGAUCACAAAUGUGUGCCACCAUUCCUGGCCUUUCUAUUUUAAUUGAAAGAGUGUAUGUAUAUAUAUAUAUAUGUAUGUAUGUGUGAUAUGUGGUAUUAGAUGUAUCAUAUAUAGAUGUAUCGUAUAUAUUUAUUUGCAUGUGGACAUGCGCGUGUAUGGUGAUGUACAUGUGGAGUGAGAGGACAGCUGCAGGACUCAGUUCUCUCCUUCAACCAUGUGGAUCCUGGGGAACCAGCUCAGGUCAUGGGACUUGGUGCAAGUGCAUUUACCCACUGAACCAUCUUGCCAGCCCCGUGCCAGCUUUUUAAAGUGGGUGCUGGGAAUUGAACUCAGAUCCUCGUGCUAUCUUCCCAGUGAGCUAUCCUCCUAGCCCCUUAUUUUUGUAUUUCUUUUACUCUCAGUUAUAUCUAAACGAGUAACCUCAUUGCCUUUGCUCAUUUUAAAUGUGUACACCUAUAUUUUCCUUUGAGCAUUACAUAGAACAUUUUUAAAGGAAAGAUUCUUUUUUUUUUGUCUUUUUGAGACAGGGUCUCCCUGUAGUCCCAGCUCACUUGAACUCACUAUGUAGACCAGGCUGGCCUUGAACUCACAAAGAUCCACCUGCCUCUGCCUCCGCCUCCCAAGUUCUGGGAUUUUUGGAAAGAUUCUUUAAACAGAGGAAAAAAGUUUGUUUAAUGGAAGAAUACAGCUCUGUAAUGGUUAUUCUUUAUUAAUAACUUGCCUCUGACUGAUUUGUAAUAAAAUACAACUUGUGGUGCCA